ACCAAUGAGGGCGCCUUAAGCCUGACGUGCCUUACGUACGGGGUGAGAGGUCGUCGUAGCAGCGUAGUAAAGAAUGUAAAUAAUGUUGGCAUUGGCUCUUGCAGGAGGUAACAGGAAAGCAUUUGAAAAUGAGAUUAUUGUCGAGGACAGCUCACUCAGUGCUUUGCACGCCGAAGUCUCUACUACCAUCAGGGGGCGCCAGACCAUUUUGGGGUUGGCUGAACGCUGUUUUCAACAAGGUGGACCAUGAAAGAAUAAAAGCUGUGGGUCCAGACCGGGCAGCGGCAGAAUGGCUGCUUCGGUGCGGAGCGAAAGUUCGGUUCCAGGGCUUUGAGCGCUGGCAGCAUGACUACAAUGGCCUUCCCACUGGCCCCCUUGGCCGCUACAAGAUCCAGGGCAUCGACGCCACAGAGUCUUGCAUCAUGUACCGCGGAUUUGACCAUCUGGAUGGCUUGGAGCAUGUGGAGGAAGUGAAGCUGAUUAGGAGCAUCUACAUCGAGGACGCCUGCCUGGAGAGGCUAAGUAAAACGCAGAGCCUUCAGGAGAGUCUCCGUCGCCUGGAGAUCGUCUCCUGUGGCAACGUCACAGACAAAGGCCUCAUCGCCCUCCACCAUCUGAGGAAUCUGGAGUAUCUGUUCCUGAGUGACCUGCCAGGGGUGAGCGAGAAGGAGACCACAGUUGACCGAAUACAGACCUCCCUGCCCCAGCUGGACAUUGUGCUGGACCUGGGCUGACAUUCCCUAUAUGGACGCUGUGGUGUCCGUAACCAUAGCAGCACUGCUGUCAGCACACAUGUCAAACAGGAACAGAGCUGAGAAAUAACUGCGAGAUGCAUAUGGCUUGUUCACGGCACUUUAUUUAUAGCAACAAAGAAAACAGUUUGAGAAAAAGAGAUGUUAAUAUCGUUUCGCUAUGUUCAUCUAGGUGUCAAACAUUAUUAUUAUUACUCCAUAGAAAAGUACUACAGAAGCAUUGGUAUUAUUAAGAAAGCUUUUAUGCAUGCAUAAAGAAGCUAAAAAUUACAAAGACCUAUGACUUUGGAGUCAUGUAAUUCAUUGAUUUGGCAUUUGGUGCAAGUCAAGGGGAGUUGUAGGGCUGUAGAGCACCACUAGUCAGGUAAUAUAUAUGGUUCCAACCUCUCUGAUUAAUAAAGCUACCUUAAAACUUUA